AGCUGUGUUCAGUACUAGCAUGAUACCGCAUAGCACUUAUUCUUCACAGCCAAUCUGUGGUGUUCCAACUCAGCCAACUCUGGCGGAAAAGAAACGCCGCUUACACCAAGCGUGCAAGCUGGUAUAUCACAUCACCAUUUAAGAGUGUUUGUACAGUACACCUACUCGACUGGGUGGUACCACACGACACCAUCAAAAUGGCCGACACAGCCAAGACCACUGCUCGCGGCUGGCUGGCGCUGGCCGGCGCGGCGGUGGCGCUCUUCUGCACCGUGGGCUUUCUCAAUGCGUUUGGCGUCUUCCAGGAAUACUACUCUACGUUUCUCGACCGCAGUCCUUCCGACAUAUCAUGGAUAGGGUCGCUGUCCAUCUUUUUGCUCUACUCCAUCUCGCCCUUUGGCGGCCUGCUCGUCGAUCGGGUCGGGCCCACGCUGCCCCUGUGCGCGGGCAGCGCGGGUCUGGUGCUGGCCCUGUUCAUGACCUCGCUGUGCACGCAGUACUGGCAGCUGAUGCUGGCGCAGUCGCUGCUCCUGGGCGCCAGCGCGUCGCUGGUCUUUUGCCCGCCGCUGGGCGUGGUGCUGCGCCACAUGCCGCACCGCCGCGGCCUGGCCAUGGGCCUGACCAUCGGCGGCUCCUCCAUCGGCGGCAUCGUGUGGCCCAUCAUGCUGCAGCGCCUGCUCAACAACAACGUCCUGGGCUUCGGCUGGACCAUGCGCGCCGUCGCCUUCACCAUGAUGCCCCUGCUGGCGUUCGCCUGCCUCGCCGUCAGGGAGCCGCCCAGGAAGCCUGCGUCGGCGCCCCCCGCAGCCAGCGCGGCCGUCGAGGCCGACGGCCGAGUCCCUGUUUCCGACAACUCGGACGCGGCAGAGCCCGUCCCCGAGAAGGAGGUCCCGAGCAGGACGGCGUUCCUCAGGCAGCUGACCUACAUCCUCCUCUGCUCGGGGCUCGCCUUGGCCUACCUGGGACUCUUCACCCCGCUCUUCUACGUGUCAAAGUACGCCAUCGCCCAGGGCCAGUCGACGUCGACGGCCUUUUACCUCUUGUCGGCCGUCAACGCCUCCUCCUUUUUGGGGCGGGUGCUGCCGGGCUACAUAGCCGACAAGUUUGGCCACUUCAACCUGCUGGUCCUCUCCACCCUCUUGUCGGGCGUCGUCGGCUUCACCUGGACUCAGGCCAGCAGCUUGCCGGGGCUGAUCAUGUGGGCCUUGGCCUACGGCUUCACCUCGGGCGCCGUCAUGAGCCUGCAGAACGCGUGCGCCAGCAAGAUGGCACCCCCACAGGCGCAGGGCCUCGCCGUCGGCGUGCUGAUGGGUGUCCUCUCCAUCUCUGCGCUUAUCGGCACGCCCAUCAGCGGACAGAUCCUCACCCGCUCGGGGUACGUGGCUUUGUCCGCCUGGACCGGUGCUACCCUGGUCGCGGGAGGUGGAGUGAUUGGUGUCGCGAGGUUGUUGAAGUAUCCCAAGCUCAUGACUGCUUUCUAAUCGAGUCGAGGUGGGCCCAAUUGCCUCUUCCAACGGGGAUCGAAGGGGUGUGGAAAUAUGUAUUAAUAAUAGCCAGGACUAACUGGAGAAAGAUGCGAGCCGAGGUGGCUCUUCGAUACUGUGGCUGGGUAAACUUGCAAUAAUCAGGCUCGAAAACUGCGGUAGCUGCACUAACAUGGGUCAAAAAGCUGCUUGACAAGGCCAAGAACCCAAACUUUAUUUUACUAUGAUUUAACCUUUUUGCUGAUAGGACUUGUAAUUAAUUAACCGAUCUGUAGAGCC